AUGGAAAAACGGGGAAUAGUGAUAAACCAGGCCAAAGGCUACAACUUUAUCCUCUUCGACGAUAAUCUGAUAGGCACCUAUCACAUGAGAGAUGUGAGAUUAAACGGUUUGCCGCCACUGAAGCUUGGAGAUCACUUGUUUUGCGAGGUCGGAGACAUGAAAAACCGGUAUAAAGAGGCGAGACCCGAAUACAAAGUGCUCAAUUAUCGACUCAUGUCCAUGCCAAGCGGAUGGGGAUUCCAAGGACAAACCGAGAGUGGAUUGGCUAGGAUAAGUUGCCCGUUGUGGUUUCACGGUUUAUCAGAUCAGCCACCGAAAGGAAAACGUUUCUGUUAUCCAAUCUAUGGCAACGAGUUCAUGGAGAUGGUUCACGAUUACGAUCAGCGAACUGUUAACGCCGAAGAGAAGCCGAACAUACAAGCGUUAAAAUCGAUGAAGCUAAUUGGCGAAGUGGUGGCAACUCGUUUGCCAAACACUGGUGGAUUGCCCGGAAUCUUGCUGCAGCAAAUCCUUGAGAGACAUGUUGAAGCAAAUGCAAGCAAUCAAUUCUACGAAUCGGUAGAUGAAAGAAUCGAUGAUUAUCCAAAGAUCGAGCAAAGAGAUCCUCAACCCAAGUAUCAGUUUGAAGGAUAUGUCCUCAAGAAGUGGGGUUUCUUCUUGGUCAUUUGGGUGACGGACAACCGCUUGGCGGUCAUCGAUACAAGAAGUUUUGCGAAGAAUGACGUGCCUGAGUUGGGAUCUAUCAUCGAAUGUGAUAUUGUGGCAAUGGAUGCGCCGAUUCUUGACCAGAAAAUGAUCUACAAAUGGGACGUGAUCGCAAUGGGACGAUUUCGACGAAAUUCUCGCGAUUCCAUCGUUGACACGGAGAAAUCUAUUGUCUUCUGUCGAGAACUGAUCUUCGAAUCAUAUCGCUUGGUCAAUGGGAAACCAAUUGCCCACUUUUCACAUCCAUUCUUUGGGUUGAUUUACGAUAAACAAGGAGUUUUCAAAGCGUUUCCCCAACCUGGUGACCUAAUCGACUCCUACAUUCAAGCGAUUCCCGAUGGAGAAUCGAGUCUGCAAUGGGCUAUUGCUGAUCCGGAAGACAACGAGAAAUCUCUUCUAAAAUUGCCACCUCGAGCCAUUGUUGCACCAUUGAACUAUAUAAGAAUUGUUGACGAUGAUGAUGAGGAUGAGGGGAAUGACGAAACGGCGCAUAUAGGAAGAGGAAUUGACGCUCAAUCGACUUCAACGUAUGGAACGAAUGAAGAGAUUGAACAGAUAACUUCAAGUACGAGUGGCCGAACGACUGGCAAAGAAUCAAAUCAAACUCCAAUAGAGAGGAGGGCAAAGAGUUACGAGGAAUUGCUGACGACAAUCGUCAACCAUCCCGAAAUAGCUCAAGUGGUCUACAAAGUGAAUCCCGACUUGUUCGCCGAGUGUCUCAGUUUGAAUAUG